GGCCAUCCUCUUCCUUUACCCAAAUAAUAAAUAAUUUCUACCUUUUUUAUUUAUUUUUCGUCUUUUCUUUUCUUUUUUUCUCAUUUCUCAAUAUGAUUUGAUCUGAUCGAUAUUCGAUACACAUUUUAUUUUUCUUCUUUGCGUCGCGAUCUUGAUUCAUUCAUCUUUUAUCAUCGCAAAAAUCCGAUUUCGCGACGCGAUACGAGCCCUAAUCUAAUCGGAAUUUGAUUGAUUGAUUUAUUAAGCAUGGCGGCAUCGCGGCGUCUCCGGGAGCUUCAAGCGCAACCGGGGAACAGAAUCUGCGUGGAUUGCUCUCAGAAGAAUCCGCAAUGGGCGUCCGUCUCCUACGGCGUCUUCAUGUGCCUCGAGUGCUCCGGCAAGCACCGCGGCCUCGGGGUCCACAUUUCCUUCGUGCGAUCCGUGACAAUGGAUUCCUGGUCCGAGAUCCAGCUCCGGAAAAUGGAGAUGAGCGGCAAUGACAAGUUCAAUUCCUUCAUCUCUCAGUACGGGGUUCCUAAAUCCACCGAUAUUGUUACCAAGUACAAUACCAAGGCCGCCUCGGUUUACCGAGAUAAGAUCCAAGCCCUAGCGGAGGGGAAGCCGUGGCGGGACCCUCCCGUCGUUAAGGAAACUCUCACCUCCAAUUCCAAUUCCAAUUCCAAUUCCAAUUCCAAUGCCAAUUCCAAUGGUAAACCCCCUUUGAGCGGCGGUAGGAAAGCGACCUCGGACUUUGGUGCCGAUUCCGGCUGGGAUAGUUGGGAUAACUACGAUGAUGUAGGCUAUAAUAACACUAAUAAUACCAACAACAACGACAAUAAUAGUAAUAAUAAUAAUAAUAAUAAUAUAAGGAGAAAUCAGACGGUGGGGGAUUUCAGGAGAGGCGGCGAUGGUGGUGGUGCUCCAUCAAGGUCGAGGUCAACAGAGGAUAUUAAUAGGGCGCAGCUGGAAGCCUCUGCCGCAAAUAAAGAAGGUUUUUUCGCUAGGAAAAUGGCGGAGAAUGAGACCCGGCCUGAGGGUCUUCCACCCUCUCAGGGAGGGAAAUAUGUUGGGUUUGGAUCUAGUCCUUCCCAGAUGCCUAGGAAUAACAAUUAUGCCCAAGGGGGGGAUGUUCUUUCAACUGUUUCUCAGGGGCUCGGUAAGCUAUCAAUGGUAGCUGCUUCAGCAGCCCAGUCAGCUGCAAAUGUAGUUCAAGCAGGGACGAAGGAGAUUACUACAAAGGUGAUAGAGGGAGGUUAUGAUUCAAAGGUGAAUGAAACAGUCAACGUUGUUACAACAAAAACAACUGAGAUUGGUCAUAUGACUUGGGGUAUUAUGAAAGGGGUUCUGGCAUUAGCUUCACAGAAGGUUGAGGAAUAUACUAAAGAGGGGGGCAAUGAUAACUGUAAAAAUGAUAAUUGGCAACAAAACGAUAACCAACAGAAUGGCUAUCAUCCGGAGUUUAAUCAGGACUCGAAGGGAUGGAGUUCUUCAGGAGCUGGGCAGUCUUCAUCUGUCAAUGAAAAUUCUGUCAGCUCAGACUCCUGGGAUGAUUGGGGUAGUAAAGAUACUUGGACGGAGGAACCUAAGAAGGAUGCACCAGCUAGUAACAAUGAUGAGUGGGCAGGCUGGGAUGAUGCUAAAGAUGAUGGAUUUGACAACUUUUACCCGAGUGCAUCUGAUGAUAAACAUGUGGCUUCUAAUGGAAAAUCAGAUUCCAAGUGGACUGAUGGAGGGUUCCUCUGAGGGUUGCAAUUGCUAUUACUUGAACCUUCCCUAAAAAGUUUUCCCUUCUAAAUCUAGUUAUAAUGGCGUAACUUGCUGGAGGAAGGGCUUGUGAGUCCAAACAUCGGAUGUGUAAAAUUGCAAGACAGGGAGGACUAAUUGCUUCCUCCCAGUAAAAGAAGAAACCUUAGAAAAGAAAGAGCUGAAUAGUUUGUUUUUUCUCUUUUUUUCUUAUUUCUCUUUUUUUCUUUUUUCUUUUCCAGACCAUUUUUUAUGUAAUUGAAAUUCAAACCACAUUGGACAUGUAAGAUGAUAAUUGUUUUUUUUUUUUGUUUACUUUUUUUCAUUUCGGUUGGAAUUUAUUAUUUGUUUAUUAUUCCUCAAGUGUAUAUAAACUUUUAAAACUCAA